UAUGUAGAAUUUCCUCAAGUCCUUACUUGAUACAUAACACCCUCCUAAAUAUUUUACAAAAAAACUACUCCACUCUCUGCCCUUAUUUUUUCAACAACCUAAAAAAACCAUUAUAACUAAGCCAAGGCCUUUCCCAAUACCUGCAUUCCAAAAAGGGAGACAACAUUAAGGUGCGUGGCUGUUCUCGUGCUGGAACUUCAUCGUGAAUAGUUGCAAGCAAGACCUCAGUGUGGUUUGUAGUCUCUUUGAAGUUCUUAUUAUGCUCAUGUUGUUUUCUUAAACUACUCCAAUCAAGUUGUAUUUCCUUAAUUAGUCCUUUGGGGCUGGCAUGUUGUAAUUCCGCUUAAACUCUGAUCUUAUCUUAUAUAAUAAAGUGAUUAUGUUUUUCUAAAUGUGAUACAUGUAUACUGUUAGCCUUGUAUGAUCCAUAGAUCCCUUUCGAUAAAGGAAUCCAUGAGUCGUACGACGGUUGUCCACGUCGUCGGGCGGUCUGGGGCGUGACAACAUGCAUGAUUGGGAGUCUUAUGAAGUCAAGAAAAAAUCAUAAAAAUCGUUUCAAGCAUGGUUUACUACUACUCAGUUGACGGACAAGAUUUUAAAAAUCAUGUCCUUAAACGAGGCAGGAUGUUAAGUACUAUGCCUCAUGAGAGAUCUUUGAAGCACAUGGAUACAAGCUUCGUUGCCGAGUCAUAUGCUACUCUUUGUCCUUUGCCGCGCUAGCUUUGAGGAUAGAUAUUAUCCAGCUGCUAUUUGAACCCACGCAUCAUCCAAACGAGACCCGAGAAGAUAUGCAAACAUUAUUUAGAGACUAUUUUUCCCGUAGAGACAAUGAAGCUGAAGGUGAUGGAAGUGCAGGUGCACCUAAUAAUACAGAUUAGUUUCUUAAUGUGCAACAAUAUAUAUUACUAUUUGGUUGUUAGAUUAUGACAUAAUCUUGAUUCAUUCUCAACAUCGCUUCAACUAACGUGCAUGUGCGAAGAAGAAGGAAGAUUGACGAAGAUGAAAGAAGACUAAACUCUGAGUUGAGGCAAACCUCUUCAAAGAACCAUGCGAAGAAAGAAGUCUAAACAUCUAGUAAAAGAGCAAAUUUUAAAAAUGUACUGUUAAUACAUUACUUCCGUACGGAAAUUUUCUUCAAACUUUCCUUUUUGGCCCAUCCGGAAAUAUUCUUCCUAAUUCCCUUUUUAGUAUACUUUUUAAGGAUAAAUUUCAAAUAUACCCUUCUAUUUUAUCACCAAUCUAUUUUUUUUAUUGCUUUUUUAAUAAGAAAAAGAGAUUUAAAAGUUUAUAGUAUGUUCAUUUUUAGAAAUUUGGCAUUUUUGUACUAUUCCUUAAUAAGUGUGUCAAGUCAACAUGGGAAGAAUAUUCUUGGACGGAGGGAGUAUUAGUUUUUUAUUGUUAAAUUAAAAUGUUUGGCAAUGAUGGAUCCUUUUCCCCGUCAAACAUAAUUUUGUGAAAAAUUCCAUUUAAUAUGGAUAGUGGGCCUUGACACUAGGGGUGUUCAUCGAAGACCGAAAAGACUGAUUUUCAUCUAUUACGCUAUUACUAUUACCUGGAAUGGCUGGAAAUCAGGAUUGGAAUGCUGCUGCGGUGCUGCCGAUUAUCACUGCCGGUUAUCGAAGGCCACUGUGUUACUUCCAAAGUUAGAGAAGAAGAUUAGAGAGGGCAUGCAAGAAUAAUCGUGAUUAAUACAUACCGUCACAAUCCAAUUGAAGCCUUUCGAAACAAGGACAUGGGAAAUCGGAGAAGCAUCGGCCGUCGCUCGUUGUCGGUCCAGCGGGUAGCGAGGAUGAAUCCCUACUUUCUGAGAAGGUCGGCCAUCGGUUUACUCCCAGACUACGAGGGAAUUGGCUUUGGGAUGGAUUUUUCAAUAUUUGGGUAUUUGGGCUCUAAAAAAUAGAUAUGGACAGUGGGCUGGACUAUUGGACAAUUGGGAAUUAAAUGGACUAUUCGGUCUAUUCGGUCCAGAACGAUUGUGAAUCGGGUUUAGACCGGACCAGACCGAAAUCUGAAAUGUUAAAUACAUAGGACCGAAGACCGACCCGAAAUCGAUUCGGUCCGGGUUCGGUCUGGACCUAUCGGUCCAGUUCGGUCAGUUUUUUCGGUCUGGACCUAAAACAUGAACACCCCACACCACAAUUGGACACGUCCAAUUCUGUUCGGAACAGAACUCCAGAAGCCAGAAGGGAUAAUCUUAACCCACCCGAUUUCUUCUUAUCUACCCCCACAAACUCAAAUUGGUGCUAAAAAUGGAAGCCUACGGAGGUGGAAGCUGGACGAUGAUCCCUAACAUACAGACUAACAGCAACCCCUCUACGCCCUCUAAUCAGGACCAUCUCUUUCUCCAACAAGUGCAGCAGCAGCAGCAACAGCUGUAUCAGCAACCGCAGAUGCAGACGCAGCCGCCUCCUCCGCCGCAGCAGCAGUAUCAGUCACUCGCGUCUCAUUUUCAUCUCAUACAGCUGGUUGAGAAUUUAGCGGAUACGAUCGAGAACGGGAUGCGCGAUCAGCAUUCGGAUGCUCUGGUUAAUGAAACUAAAAACCAAUUCCACAAGUGCCAACAGUUGCUCAACUCGAUUUCAGCUUCAAUCAGCUCAAAAUCCCUGGCAGUUGAGGGACAAAAAAGGAAACUUGCUGAAGCGGAACAAUUGUCAAAUCAACGAAAGGAGCUUAUUUCCAAGUACAAAACCUCAGUUGAAGAGCUUAUCAAGUCUGAACAAUGAUUAAUUUUCAUAUUGUUGGUGCGGUAAGGCUAGCUUAUCAAUAUUGCUCUUAGUGUGAGUCUUCAUCAUCUUCAUUGCAACUGGUCCAGACCUAGGACUGAAAAUGUGGGUAGCUCACGAGCCCAAUGGGCCAGCCGGUUAGACCAAUGGUCAAACCAAUGCUAUAACAAUUACGGAGUGAAUUAAAAAUAAUACUAUGUACUGUAUAGCCAUAUAUAUUUAUAUAAAUAUGAGCACCGAAAUGGAAACUGUAACACCAUUCAGAAUAAACAUAAAUAUCAACUUUAUGAUGUUUAGAAAGCUCACAUACAACAAAUAAUGUUACCUGACUCAAUCAGAGUAAACUCACCAUAAUAAUAACAAUUACUUUGUAAUAAAUUCCACUUCUUUAACAUCCUUAUAACUUAUGAGAUAGUGAAGCAAACCAAAUUAUUGAUAUUGGUAAGUAAGAAAUCAGAGAAGUGAGAGAAAGACACGUGAUUGACACUUAAAACAUCUCAUAAAGAAGAUUUGUUCUAAAAUUUCCCAUUUUGAUAGUUAUUUGAUUUAAGUCAUCUUUUCUUUCCACCAGUUAUAUCCUUCAUUUCAAAAUAAUCACAAUGCUAAAAAAUUUACAACAUUCACGCACCCUCAUUUGACCAUCUUCUUUUAUCUUUAUGUAAGUAAAAAUUGUCAUGUGAGAUCUAGUUAGAUUCGUCUCGAUAAAACUUUCAUAAUAUCAAUUUUAUUAGUUUUAAAAAAGCAUAAUUGGAGGUAUUAUUUCUAUUAACGACUUGAGUUUUGCAUUGAGAAGCAAAAAUUACAGCAUAUAUUACCCCAGUGCCUCCAACCCUCAAAGGCUUUCGCCCAUUGCGGGGUAAGGGGGUUGGAUGUACGCAACCUAGCCCCUAUGUUUAAAACAUAGUGCGACUAUUUUUAGAUGACCCAUUAUGAGUGUCGAUAGUUGCAUUGACUAAGUGUUACUUCAAUAUUAGUGAAUCCUUGGCUCCAUCAGGGAUGAUGGAAACAAUUUGUGCAUUGACAAGCGUGAAGAUGUUAAUGUUGCAAUUAUUUUGGAACGAAAAAAGGUAUAUGUUAUGUUAGUAUGUAAGAGCAUUUUUUCCAUUCCCCCAGUUUCCCCUUUCUCUCUCCUAUUUUUAACUCCACAUCAUUAACUUUUGCCACAUUACUUUAAUAAUUCCUCACCCUUUCCCUUAUUUUUUAAUGGUAGACCCCACAUGUCAUAAAUUUAUUUUAUUUACAGAAUAUUUAAUUAAUAGAUCAAAAUAAUUUAUUUUAAAAAAAUCUCUUCCACAUCACCAUUUCUCAAACUUUCCCUCCCCAUCAAUGAUGCUCUAAGAUCCUUGCGAUGUUUAAGUAAAUGUCACACAAAAGUAAUUGAUGAGCGAAACUAUGAAAGAGACAAGUCCCAAUUAGGAUAGGUGGGCUCUGCGGAUUAAAAGUCAGCAACCAGUCAAUUGUGAAAAAUAUUUUGAAGCAUGUAAGGCCCUUACGGACUGUGGUAUAUCUAUAUGUGAUUUGCAUAUACUUCUUGAUCGUAAAGCUUACAUGUGGUUUGUCUCAUGUACAGGUCCUAAGGGUAAACACAAUGGCUUGCAAAGACUAAGACUCCGUUUGGUACACAGAAUUCAAGUUAUGGAAUUGGAAUUGGAGACUUCAAUUUCAGUUCUACUCUUUGAUAGCACAUAUGUAUGUGGAUUGGGAAUCGGUAGUGCAUAAAAUGAAUUAGAAUGAGAUAA